GGCCGUUCACUAGUGUCACCUCUUUCGUUGAACCGGCGAAGCUCCAAGUAGCCUCCAACCAUGCGACCGGCCCAUACGCCGGCAUCGGCGGCCCGCGGAGGGCGGGCGCUGUACGAGCUGUACAGGGCGGCGAGCCGCGUCGCGGCGCCGGCGGUGCUCCUGUGGCGCCGGUUGCGAGGACUGGAGCACCCGUCGCGUUGGCCGGAACGGCUGGGCCAGCCGUCGGUAGCCCGGCCUCUGCCAGGCUCGCCGCUCGUGUGGUUCCACGCCGUCUCCCUCGGCGAGGGUAUGGCGGCACUCCCAGUCGUCCGUCACUGCGCCCGCCUUCAUCCCGGCCUCCCUAUCCUCCUCACCACCACUACGCUGUCUUCCUUCGAAGUGAUAAAGGAUUUGCUCCCGGAUGUUGUCAUAUAUCAGUUUGCACCUCUUGACUGUCCUGAUGCAAUAGAAAAUUUCAUUGGAUACUGGAAACCAAGUUUGAUACUUCUCAUGGAAAGUGAACUGUGGCCAAACCUCAUUAUAUCCGCAGCAGAGAAAGGGAUUGUGGUGGCUCUUUUAAAUGCCCGCAUGUCAUUGAAGUCUUUCGACCGUUGGUCCGUGCCUCUAGGGUUGCCAUUAGUAUCUCUGAUGCUCUCUAAAAUAUCUCUUGUUAUACCAUUGAGUACUAUUCAGGCUGUUCGUUUUCAAUUGCUACAUACACCACCACAAAAGAUCCAUUUCGCUGGUGAUUUAAAAUAUGCUGUUGGUGAUGUUGAGGUGGGGGAGAAGGAGCUCAAUACAAUAAAUGAUCUACAACAGCAGUUCGGAAAUAGACCCAUCUGGAUGGCAGCUUCAAUUCACAAAGGUGAAGAAGAAGUCAUUCUCCAUGUUCAUGAUGAGUUAAUCAAGCUGCAUCCUUCUCUACUUCUAAUUCUCGUGCCACGACAUCCUCAUGACAGCAAGAUUCUUUCUUUAGCACUGAAGAAACGAAAGUUCAAUUUUGUGUUGAGGUCAACAAUGGAAGUGGUAUCUUUAAACACAAGGAUAUACUUGGUUGAUACUUUAGGGGAAUUAAGAAUGCUCUACAGGGUCACUCCAAUAGCAGUUGUUGGGGGCUCUUUUUUACCUAGCUUAGCUGGCCAUAAUUUUUCCGAGGCUGCUGCAGCUGGCUGUGCUGUUCUGACUGGUUCCCAUGUUGGACAUUUCUAUCACAUGCUGGUUGAAAUGUGGCAAAUAAAUCCUCUAGCUGUCAAGCAGUUGACAGGAGAAGUUGAACUUUUGGAAGCGCUAAAAGAGCUGCUUGGCGAUUCCAAAGCUCUGGAAGCACGUCAAAGAGCUGCAAAAGAUGCAUUUUCCGUUAUGUCAGAUGGAAUUGUGAACCGCAUAUGGAAUUUAGUCUGCAUAUUCGCUAUUGAUUCCAACAGAAGCACGUAAUAGUUGAUUAAAUCCUUGGACUACUUCAGAGUGCAUGGGGACCAUCUAUUUGGUAAAAGUAGAAGGUUCCAACAAUUUCUUUGUACAAUUAGAUGUACAGGAGGACAACCUUGAAUCGUUUUGCAGGUUCCAUAACAUUACAUGCCCUAGUGACAGGUGAGUGGUGACAAAGAAAUCACAUGCCUAGUACCGUAUAAAGUUACAGGCCACUCCCAAUAGUCCCUACAGUCAUCUGAAGGAACAGUAUAUCUUCCAUAUUUUUUCUAUAUUGGAUUUACUCCUCCCAGCAAUCUAAUAUUUUUUGACAAA